GCCGCGUUCCGGGCCCGACUGCCGACAGCGAGCCGGUGAUAAGGGGAACCAGAAACUACCAAGUGUGACAACAAAGAGGCUCUGAAUCAAGGCAAGACCAGAGAAACUCGUCAUAGAACCCGCCCGGUGAAGCACAGUCGCUCGGUAGCCCCUUCACAGUUUGCUUUGUGCCGGCUGAAGAGAGCUCGUCAUGGGGGGCAGGAAGCUGGUGCCGGCUGCUCUUUUCUGCCUUGUUCUGGCGAUGUUGCCUUCACAUGCAGUGACUGUAGCUGUUAUGUCAGUUGACCUGGGUAGUGAGUGGAUGAAAGUAGCGAUAGUGAAACCUGGUGUGCCGAUGGAGAUUGUUCUCAACAAGGAGUCAAGGAGGAAAACACCCACGGCUGUAUGCCUCAAGGAAAAUGAGAGACUUUUGGGAGACAAUGCACUAGGAGUGUCUGUGAAGAACCCCAAAAGUGUUUAUCGACACCUCCAAAGUCUCCUGGGCAAAAAGCAUGAUAACCCCCAGGUGGCGCUCUACCAGAAACGUUUCCCCGAGCACCAUCUGCAGGAGGACCCAGCCAGAGGCACAGUAUGCUUUAAAAACUCAGAAGAAAUGCAGUACACACCUGAGGAGCUCCUCGGGAUGGUGCUCAAUUAUUCUCGUGGAUUGGCUCAGGACUUUGCAGAACAACCAAUCAAAGAUGCAGUGAUCACCGUCCCAGCCUUUUUCAACCAGGCAGAGCGCAGGGCAGUCCUGCAGGCUGCACAGAUGGCAGGUCUAAAGGUUCUUCAGCUUAUCAAUGACAACACAGCUGUGGCCUUGAACUAUGGGGUCUUCAGGAGGAAAGAUAUCGACAACACAGUGAAGAAUGUGAUGUUCUAUGAUAUGGGCUCAGGCAGCACGACCGCCACCAUCGUCACUUAUCAGACAGUCAAAACCAAAGAGGCUGGCACCCAGCCCCAGUUACAGAUCCGAGGUGUCGGGUUUGACCGAGGGUUGGGGGGCUUUGAGAUGGACCUGCGACUGCGGGACCACCUUGCCAAACUGUUCAACGGGCAGAAGAAGAGCAAGAAAGAUGUGAGGGAGAACCACCGGGCCAUGGCCAAGCUCCUGAAAGAAGCUCAGAGGCUCAAGACAGUGCUUAGUGCGAACAUGGAUUUCAUGGCUCAGGUGGAAGGUUUGAUGGAUGACAUUGACUUCAAAGCUAAGGUGACCAGGGCUGAGUUUGAGGAGCUGUGCGCGGAUCUCUUUGAAAGAGUGCCCGGCCCCGUGCAGGAUGCCCUCUCCACCGCAGAAAUGAAGCUGGAUGAAAUUGAGCAGGUGAUUUUAGUAGGCGGCUCCACCCGUGUCCCCAAGGUUCAGGAAGUGCUGCUCAAAGCUGUGGGCAAAGAGGAGCUGGGGAAGAACAUCAACGCAGACGAGGCAGCAGCCAUGGGUGCAGUGUACCAGGCUGCUGCCCUCAGCAAGGCCUUCAAGGUCAAACCUUUCCUAGUCCGAGACGCAGCUGUCUUUCCUAUUCAGGUGGAGUUCACCCGAGAGACGGAGGAGGAGGGCGUCAAAUCCAUGAAACACAACAAGCGUAUCCUGUUCCAGAGGAUGGCGCCCUAUCCUCAGCGCAAGGUCAUUACAUUCAACCGCUACAGCGAUGACUUUGCCUUCUACAUCAACUACGGUGACCUCAGCUUCCUGAGUCAGGAAGACCUCAGUGUGUUUGGCUCUCUGAACCUGACCACAGUCAAACUGUCUGGAGUAGGCAACAGCUUUCAGAAGCACGCAGACGCUGAGUCAAAAGGCAUCAAAGCCCAUUUUAACAUGGAUGAAAGUGGGGUGCUCCUGCUGGAUCGGGUGGAGUCUGUGUUUGAAACUAUUGUGGAGGAGAAAGAAGAGGAAUCAACAUUAACAAAACUGGGUAACACAAUUUCCACUUUGUUUGGAGGAGGAUCGUCAGAACCUGCUCCAAACGUAACUGAACCUGUCCAGGACGAGGAGGAAGUGCCUCCGGAGUCUGGAAAGGAUGGCAAGGACGAGGAGGGCAAGGGUGAGGCCAAGACGGACGAGGCUGCCAAAGACAAGCAGGAGGAUUCAGAGAAAAGUGCAGGUGAAGAGAAAAGUCAGGAGAAGACAGACGAUGCAGGCAGCAAGACUGAUGCCAAGGAGGAAAAGGAUGGAGAGAAAUCUGGAAGCACUGAGGCAGAGAAGGAUGUGGAGAAGAAGGCAAAACCUCAGAAAAAAAGCAAAAUCUCUGAAGACAUCACAGUGGAACUCAUCAUCAACGACAUCCUCGACCCCACUGCAGAUGAUCUCACUUCCUCUAAGAAGAAGUUGCAGGAUUUGACAGACAGGGACCUGGCCAAACAGGAAAGGGAAAAGUCACUCAACAGUCUGGAAGCUUUUAUCUUUGAAACACAGGACAAGCUGUACCAGGAGGAUUACCAGCUGGUGGUUUCAGAGGAGGACAAGGAGCAGAUCUCCGCCAAGCUGAGCGAGGCGUCGGAGUGGAUGGACGAGGAAGGCUACACGGCCACUACCAAGCAGCUGAGAGAGAAGCUUUCGCAGCUGAAGAGCCUGUGCAAGGACAUGUUUUUCAGGGUGGAGGAGCGACGUAAGUGGCCGGACCGGCUGGCUGCCCUGGACAGCAUACUCAACACCUCCAGCUUCUUUUUGAGGAGUGCCAAAAUGAUUCCAGAGGAUGACCAAAUUUUCACUGAAGUCGAGCUGAAUAUGUUGGAGAAAGUGAUCAAUGAAACAACGACGUGGAAGAAUGAGACGGUAGCAGAGCAGGAGAAACGCUCUCCAAAGGAGCGGCCCAUCCUGUUGUCCAAAGACAUUGAGUCUAAGCUGGCCCUGCUGGAUCGAGAGGUGAACUACUUGCUCAACAAGGCCAAGUUUGCCAAGCCAAAAGCUAAAGCCAAAGCCAAGAACAGCACCAGCUCAGAGAAAAGCAGCAAGGCCAACAGCACAGCGGAGGAGAAAGUCAUCCCUCCCACAGAGGAGAGCACAGACACAAAGAGUGAAAGCCCAGAGGAGGUGCAGCCGGGCGAAGCCCCACCCACUGAAGAGAGCACUUUACACACCGACUCAGACAGCCAAUCACAGCCCACAGAAGAAACAGCAACUACAGGACCAACGGAGAAUGCCCAACCUGAAAACCACAUAGACGAUGAAUUAUAACAGCUGGAACUGGGGGAAAAAAUCACUAUUUAUUGACAGUGUAUAAAUGUUCAAGUUCCUUCUCACUCUGUUUUUUCAGUUUGUUUUUUUUUUCUUUAUUUUUUGUCUUUAUGUCCUUGUUUAUUGAACUGCUGGAAGCCGAUUGGAUAAGGACUGGAGACCACUCAUUCCCCCCCCCCCUCCUUUCGUGUGCUGUUCAUCUCUUUUGUCUUUCAUGGAUUCUGUAAGCAGGGGGCACUUAAACACCACGAAGAAGCAGUUCAACAAAAAUAAAGCCCCAAGACUGCAUCCGUACGUUAUCGGUGCAGGUCCAGACAGAAUACCUUCUCACAUCCAACAGAUGAUCACAACUGACAUCAGCAGUACUAUAUGGACAUCUGACAAGGCUGAGUGCUGUUCUACUCUGGUUUGUCAUUCACAAGCAUUUUACGUCCUGCUUUGUCCUUUGCACUGCGUGCUCAACCAUGGCAUGUGUAUGUGAGAUUAGUAUUUGUCCUAACACCUGCACCUUUACUGACUCUUCAUGGCCGCUGAGUAAGUGCACUCCUUAAUGGUGUUGAUCACAAUGGUGGGUGAGGGGUUGGUCAGAGUCCUUUGGAGGAUUCUCGUGGAUAUUUUUUUUUUUUUUUUUUUUGUCCCAAUCCAGAUUUUAAUUGGUCAUAUAAUAUAAAAUUUGUAGGCAUACAUGGUAAAGUGGCAGAAGCAUUUAAUUUACAUACAGUAUGUUUAAAACUAUAUUGAAAUAUCAGUCAGCUGAUUUGAAUGGAAAAUGUCUUUAACCUGGUGAAUCAUUAUAUUAACUAUAAAUAUGAUGUAACUAUAAAUAUGGCAGCAUGGUCAACACGUUCUCACUCUCAGCUAGUCAAAUACAGCAGCUUGGUUAGUGGCCCUAUGCUUCAAACUAUGAUGCUCUAGGUACCACUGUAACGUUACUUUUGGACCUGUUAGUUUCCCUGUCAGUUUCCGCUCAUCACAUGGUACAGUGCCUUUUAAAAUAAACUUCCGUCUUUACGGUAAGUGUAGGUUUCACAGCCAGAACAACUUUAGAGCUAGGCAACAAAACAGCUUGGUUAGGCUUUGAUAAAGAUCAUCCAUUUUCUGUAACUUUAUUACAUGGCUAAAAAAAACUCAAGUUGAAUUGGUUUCACACGGGACACAAACAGCAACAACACAACCCUCCUGGGUGAAAGUCCAGUGUAUGUUUGACCCUCAAUUACUCAGACUUUCUCGCUCUUUUUACUACCUUAUUGCUGCGAACGGGAGUACAUUGAAGUUAGUUGAAAGCAGAUGUGUCUCAUACACAUACUGUAAAGUGCCUUGAGCGUAGGUAACAGAAGCCAAAGGGUCUCCGACCAGGCUGCCGUUUUUGACACCCUGUGAAUGAGGAUGUGUUGGCAUGGUACAGAGGCAACAACUCAGAAGUGGCUGUUAAAUCAGAAUGACUAGAUUCUACUAACAUGUUUACUAUAGAGAACGAUGGCUGACAUUAUACUUGACCAGAAAUGCUUGCAGAAAUGUGCAUCAUGUAUGAACGUGCAAAUAGUGGAACUACCUGUUUCUAAGCAGAACUACCAAGGGUUUCCGUUAGUGUUAAGUCACUUAUUGUACAUGUCAUUUUUCACUAUAAUUAUUUGAUUUAACAUCCAACAUAAUACACCCCCUGUUGUUCAUUUAGUUUUUUGUUUUUUUUUCACCUAAUUAUUGGCUGAAUAGAAUCAUGAUAACCUCGCCUGAUGGAGCAACAAAGGCAGCAUGUUUGGGUCCAUCAUGUAGCAGUUAGAGUUGAUUGACUGCUUCUGUAUGUAAACACUGAACUAGUUCUAAAACUGAGCUGCCAAACAGGGAUCAUUCAGCAUUUACAGAGUGUCUCCAUAUAUCUGCCUCCUAUCAUUUUUCUGAUCUGGCUGGAUAAACCAAAAUGACUGAUGAAUUAGUUUUCCGACUGAUGCUAAUACAACCUUUGAGAAGUGCUUGAAUGUGUUUCAGUGACAAACUCCAUGUUUUCAAAGUCUCAUAAGCUGCUAAACGUUGUAGAAGAGGGGGUGCGUUAGUGUCGUCACUGUUCUUUACCUCGACAUGCCCUGUGGUGCAGAUUCUUGCUGAGAUGUUGGCUCCAUUUUUCCCGUUAGAACAGGCAGCGGGGUUGGGGGGACUUGGAUCAGGACUUUGGGUCAGCUGUGUGCGUCUGUGUUUGCAGCACUCUGGAUUAUUUGAAGGGGGGAACUGAAGAAAAAAAGGAAGGAAUGGGAGAUGCAAACAAUGUUGUGUUUCUAAACUGUUAAUAAAAGAUCUUUUUUUGUUUUUAA